AUGGCGGACAAGAUCGCUUCUGCGUUGGGCAGCGACUCGAACGACUACUACGCCUCAGCGACGACCCAGACCUUCGCCUUCAUUGGACUGCUAUGGCUGUCGCUCAAGAUCUUCUCCUUCUGGCGCAUGAUUGCUAGCCUGUUCAUCUUGCCAGGCGCAUCGCUCAGCAAAUUCGCAAGUAAAGGCAGCUGGGCCGUCAUUACCGGGGCGUCAGACGGCAUAGGAAAGGAAUACGCUCUACAGCUGGCAUCGAAAGGCUAUAACAUCUUGCUGGUAUCACGGACACAAUCGAAGCUCCUCGAGCUAGCCCGUGAGAUCAAAGAGAAAUACAAUGUCGAGACUCGAAACAUGGCAAUGGACUUUGCCGCGAACAGAGAUAAAGACUAUACCGCGCUGAAGAAGGUUAUCGACGAAGUUGGCGACAUCAGCAUACUGGUCAAUAACGUGGGUUUGAGUCACGCGAUGCCGGUGCCAUUCGCAGAAACAUCAGAGCAGGAGAUGCUGGACAUCAUCACGAUCAACUGCACGGGCACGCUACGAGUGACUCAGCUCCUAGUGCCCGGCAUGAUACAGCGGAAGAAAGGCCUGAUCCUGACCAUGGCAUCGUUCGGCGGCAUCAUGCCCACACCUUUACUCGCCACAUACUCCGGCUCCAAAGCCUUCCUCCAGCAAUGGUCCACUGCUCUCGCCUCUGAGCUUCAGCCCCACGGAAUCAAAGUUCAGCUCGUGCAAAGCUACCUCGUCACCAGCGCAAUGAGCAAGAUCAGAAGAUCGAGCUUGCUGGUGCCCACUCCGAAGCAGUUUGUGAGAGCGGCAUUGGGCAAGAUUGGAAGGAGUGGUGGUGCGCAGGGGAUUAUGGCGACGAGCACGCCGUACUGGGCGCAUGGGAUCAUGCAUUGGGCUAUUGCGACGUUCGUGGGGACAAUGAAUGGGGUUGUUGUGAGCGUCAAUCGGAAAAUGCAUGAGGAUAUCCGGAAGCGGGCGUUAAGGAAGGCGGAGAGGGAUGCAAAGAAGCAGUAG